AGUAGCAUGAAGGGCAACGGCAAAACACACCCAAUGGAGAAAGAGCAAAACGAGAAAAAUGAGAGUUGUAAUACUUGUCUGUCGAUGCUACCGGAGGGAUGUAUCGCUGAGAUCUUCGCCUUUACGAGCCCGCCGGUCGUUUGCCGCUUUUCCUUAGUUUCUACAUCUCUCCGUUCUGCCGCCGAUUCCGAUUCCGUUUGGGCAAAAUUCCUGCCGUCCGAUUAUCCAUCCAUCAUCGCCAAAUCACCGACUCCGAUCCCCGAUUUCCCAUCACUCAAGGAUGCCUAUGUUUAUCUCGCCGAUCAUCCACUCUUAAUUGAUGAAGGUCGCAAGACUUUCUCACUGGAUAAAUGGACUGGAAAGAAAUGCUACUUCUUAGGUGCAAGAGAUCUUAAUAUUGUAUCGAGUGAUACACCAGACGCUUGGGAAUGGACUUCUGUACCAGAGUCCAGGUUUCCAGAGGUGGCUCAGCUGAAAUUUAUUCGCUGGCUUCAAAUUUGGGGCACAAUAAGAGCUGGGAUUCUAUCACUACUGACAUCCUACACAGCUUACUUUGUUUACAAGUUGGGAGAUGAUUCUUAUGGGUUUGAUACUAGACACAUGGAGGUUUCAGUUGGAAUUUCUGGUGUUGAAUCUGCAAAUGUGCGGAUUGCUUUUUUGCAUCUGAAUCCUAAAUUUAUACCUGAGGAUAUGUACACGUCACCUUAUACUCCGCCCUCCCCUUAUAUAGAGUACUGUUGGAUGGGGCCUUUAUGGCCUGGAAUUGAUUAUGAUCCUCCCGAAGAUGUUGAUUGGGAUCAUCAUCCUAGUAACUUGAAGCUUGAUAAACCAGUUCCUAAACUUAGAGAUGAUGGCUGGUUUGAGUUAGAAUUGGGUAAUUUUUUUACUGAAAAUGAAGAUGAUUGCAUCGAGUUGAGAAUGGAAGAUGUGAAAACUGGUUGUACAAAACAAGGCCUUAUUGUUGAAGGAAUUGAGAUAAGGCCAACAAUUGCUUAACCAUUUUACUGUUGUUAUUCAAUUCAUUUAGUGAACUACUUGGUUUUUCCUUCUGAGGUUUUUUUCUUUGCUUGAAUGAAUAGUAUAAGUUUUGAAUUUUAUGAUACAUGGUGUUA